UUUGGUUCGAAAAUCAAAUAGAAAAGACAUUGGAUUCGAACAUAGUGUGUUUCAGAAAAGCAAGAAAAUUAUAGUACGUGGUUGUGGUAUUCGUCCCCUGUGAUAUUGAAGCUACCACACAACCACCACCUUCAACCUCUAGGCUCCAGUCAUCAAAAAAAGACUUCAAUGACUUCCACUCGCUGGUGGGAGUACGAUGUCUUCUUAAGCUUCAGAGGUAAAGAUACUCGCUAUGGUUUUACAGGCCAUUUAUAUAAAGCUUUGUGUGACAAAGACAUUUACACCUUCAUGGACGAUAAACUUCGGAGGGGAGAAAAAAUUUCUGAGGAACUUCUCAAAACCAUCAAAAGGUCAAUGAUAUCGGUUAUUGUGUUCUCUGAAAAUUAUGCAUCUUCCAAAUGGUGUUUGGACGAACUUGUUUGGAUUCUUGAGUAUAGGAAAAAUCUUGGCCAAUUGGUUUUACCAGUUUUUUAUAGAAUAGAUCCAUCAGAAGUACGUAACCAAGAGGGAAAGUUUGGGGUAGAAUUGGCUGAACAUGAAAAAAAUUUCAAGGAUAACAUUGGCAAGGUGCAAAUUUGGAGGGAAGCUCUAAAAGAAGUUGGCAGUUUGUCUGGAUUCCAUUACGAUAAUGAUUGUCUUGAAUUGCAAUUUAUCCAGAGAAUUAUCGAAGAGAUAUCAAGUAAAAUAUUAAGCUGCACACGUUUAUUUGUUACUCAAUACCCUAUUGGAGUACAUUCUCGUGCAACAGAAGUAGAAAAGCAUUUAAAGAUUAAGUCAAACGAUAUUCGAAUGGUGGCAAUCCAUGGCCUUGGGGGAAUAGGUAAGACUACAAUUGCAAAAGCUGUAUAUAACAAAAUUGUUGAUGUCUUUGAAGGAAGCUUCUUUCUAGAGAAUGUUAAAGAAAGGUCUAGGACAAAUGAUGGCAUAAUCCAACUACAGGAGAUACUUCUCUCUAAUAUCUUAAGGGAUGGAAAUUUAAAGUUGGACAACAUAUCUAGAGGAAUCAAUGUGAUAAAGGAAAGACUUUGCCAUAAAAGAGUUCUUUUAGUUCUUGAUGAUGUGGAUGAUCAGAAGCAAAUAGAAAAUUUGCUUGGAAAAUGUGAUUGGUUAACUCCUGGAAGUAGAAUCCUUAUAACCACAAGAGAUAAAGAUGUGUUAACCACUCUCGAACAAGAUCCUCUAAUCUAUAAGGUUGAUGAAAUGGACCAAUGCGAAGCUUGUGAACUUUUUAGUUUGUAUGCCUUCCAAACAAAUGAACCUGAGGAAGCUUACUUGCAACUUUCAAAGCAGUUUAUCAAUUAUGCCAAUGGCCUUCCACUAGCUUUAAAAAUAAUAGGUUCUGAUUUGCGUAGAAAAAGUUUACGUGAAUGGGAAAAUGCAUUUGAGAAGUAUAAAAAGAUUCCCAACAAGAAAAUUAUAGAAAUACUCAAAAUUAGUUAUGAAGGAUUGGACCCAAGUGAAAAGGAUAUUUUCCUCGAUAUUGCAUUUUUCUUCAAGGGGGAAAAUAAAGACUAUGUUGAAAAUAUAUUAGAGGCAUGUCAUUUGUCUCCAAAAUAUUAUAUUCCGAAGCUUAUUGACAAGUGUUUGAUAACUAUGGAUUGGUUGGGCAAUUUAUCGAUGCAUAACUUGCUGCGACAAAUGGGUGAGGAAAUUGUUCAACAAGAAUCACCACAAGCGCCUGGAAAACGUAGUAGGCUACGAGAUUAUGCGAGUGCUUUUACUGUACUAACAGCAAAUACAGGAAUAAAUAAAAUUCGAGGCUUAAUGUUGUACCCGCCUAAACCUGCAACAUUGAAACUUCAUGCUCAAGCUUUCAAAAAGAUGCAAACUAUCAAGUUUCUUAUAGUUAAAAAUGUGCAUAUUCAUGGAUGUCUGGAAUAUCUCCCCAACAGUAUAGUGUUGCUGGAUUGGGCUAAUUGUUCUGUUUCCUUGCCAUCCGAUUUUUGUCCUCAACUUGUCUACUUCAACAUGCCACAUAGCAUUAGAAUACCUAAGUUAUUCAAGCAGGUUUUGCCUUCUGAAAAUUUGAAAGGAAUCAAUCUCAGGGGUUAUGAAUAUAUUCAGAAAUUACCUAAGUUGUGGGCUCCAAAUUUAGAGAUAUUAGACCUUUCUUAUUGUACAAAUUUAGUUGAGAUUCAUGAGCCUGUUGGAUUUCUUGAUAACCUUAAAAGUUGGGACCUUACUAAUUGCAAAAAACUUCGAGCUCUUCCUAGAAGACUUAAGUUCAAAUCUCUUGAAGAUUUUUGUCUUAAUUACUGUGAGUCCAUUGAAGAAUUACCUGAGUUGUGUGCCCCAAAUUUAAAGAAUUUAAGUCUUUCUUCUUGUGAAAAUUUAGUUAAAAUUCAUGAGUCUAUUGGACUUCUUGAUAAACUUGAAGAUUGGUAUCUCAGAGGUUGUGGAAAACUUCAAACUCUUCCAAGAAGACUUCCGUUGAAAUCUCUUAAAGCUUUUAAUCUUAGUCACUGCACAAGCCUUGAGAACUUCCCUGAUAUUGAUUCAGAAAUGAAAUGCUUAGUGAGUCUAGAUAUAGAAGGGAGUGGUACUAGAGAAUCGCUUUCCUCAAGAUGCACAAGCCUUGAGAGGAAGUUUCUAGAUAGCAUCUAUAAAUUCCAAAAUAUCGGAGAUUUACGUAUUUCUACUAACCUACCAAGACCAAGCUGCAAUUCUUUUGAUGGCUGUGUCGGAUAUUCGUUUCUACAGUUAGAAACGCUUGAACUCUACGGUGAAAAUGUAACUGAAUUAGAUUUUCUGGAGUACGAUUACUUUCCCGCAUUGACACGGCUAGAUCUACGAAACACCAGUACUAUUACCAUCCCCGAAAGCUUUAUCAAAUUUACUAAAUUAAGAACUCUUUAUAUAUUCGAUUGCAAGCACUUUGAGGAAAUUCAAGGAUUUCCACAAUCUUUAAAGUUUUUGAAGGCUAGAAAUUGCCCAUCAUGGAAUCGAAAAUCAUCAAACAAAAUAUUGAGUCAGGUUAUUGCUAAAAAAAUUGCUAAAUGGAAGCAAGAGGGAGAAAGUCAAGGCGUUUUAGCAGAUAGAGUACAUGAAGGAGAGAGAAAUCAACUGCACUCUGAUGGAUCUUCGUAUUCGCUUUACCGCCUGAUUGGUUUCUUUAAAGCUCCAAGGUUUGAGAUUCCAGAUGAGUUCAACCACCGAAAUGAUGGAAAUUCCACUUCAUUCUUGGUUGGUCGUAAUUCCAGAUGCAUUCCUAUUGCUGUUUGUGUUACCUUUGUACCGACAAAUGAAUCUUUUAGUUAUGAGGUUCGAUUUGUCGUCAAUGGUUGUUCAGAAUAUCAGUGGCGUGGGGUUAUCGAAGAAGGAGAUGAAUCUUGUCGUAUGUGGUUUAUUUUUAAAUCUAUGUACGAAUGGGAGAAGAAGUUGAGGGACUCAAAUCUAUCUAAACAGAGUCGUUUUGAGGUUAUCUGUCGCAUCAGUAGGCACAGAGGUUUAGGUUACAGAAAGCCAAUGAAUCCUACGGCUAUCCCAAAAAAGUUGGGGGUCCAUGUAGAAUGCAUCUGUUGUCCUCAUAAAUCUUCCAUCCCUGAUUCCCUGUCUUUACUACCUCUGUUCCCCACGUCUUGCAAUGAAGAAGAUUCAGGGCGUGCAAUUGCAAUGGAAACAACAAAUACUAAUGUGUUUGUAUAUGAUUUGAAGAGACUUCAUGGUUAUUUGAAUGUGUCAUUUUCGUUCCCUAUUGACCCCGAGGUCCACCCUUUAAUACCACUUCCUUAUUCCUCAAAUAUGGAUCAUGAGGCUUUCAAAACUGUAAGUGAUUUGGGGCAUUUGAAGGACUUUCGCAAUGAUGGGUAUGAUUUGAGCUUAUCACUAAAUGACUCAGAUGCAAGUGAACGAGAGCCUCCUCAGGUACCUGAUACAUCUAAUGGGUCUAAUUUUGGAUUGGGCCAGAUAGAUUUGGCUGGCUCGACUGUUAGUGGUGGGUUUGAUUUGGGUUCGUCUUCAGUGGCCCAUGAAUUUAUGAAUGAUGACUUUGAUUUGUAUCUGUCUCCACCCUCGAAGAAAAAGAGGACAUCUUGA